AUUCCUAACUCGUCCAUAAGAGGAAAACGAAAAGAAAACUGGUGACUUGAGUGAUGGCAGCCAUCUUUCUUCAGAAGGAUGCACAAGAGUUGUUAAAAAACAAAUACGUUAUAGUUAUGGGAGGAUCAAUUCAGCGAUCCAUUUACAAAGACUUGAUCAGACUUAUACAAGGAAACACUUUUCUUACUGAUAAUCUUCUUAGAAUGAAGGGGGAAGAUUCCUGUUUACGUGAUAAACUAUUAGAUGGAGGAAUGAGAGGAGCUGACAAGAAAGGAAUAGGUUACAGAGAAGUGAGACAGUACCAGACAGAUUUCUAUUUCCUACAGUUUAUCUUUAUGACAAGAUCUUACAAUAGUUAUAUAGAGUCAGUUAUAAACAAGUUGGCUUCAGCAGAACAGAAACCAGAUGUAAUCAUUGUUAAUUCAUGUCUCUGGGAUAUAACAAGAUAUGGUAAAAUACCAGUACCUGAGUAUAAACAAAAUCUGCAUAAACUUUUCAAAAAGCUGAAAUCUGAUUUACCAGAGUGUCUUGUAAUAUGGAAUACAAACCCUGCUAUAUCUCAUAAUCCUAAAGGAGGAGUAUUUAUACCAGGACUGGAUUAUUUGAAGGACUCAAUGGAGUUACAUGUCUUAGAGGCUAAUUACUACGCAUCUAAGGCUGCCGUGGAGUACGGCCAUGAUGUCAUUGACCUCCAUUAUUUCCUGCGUCAUCAAAUUCAUCGACGUGCUGAAGAUGGCAUUCAUUGGGAUAUGACAGGACAUCGUAGGAUAACAAACUUAAUCUUGUCUCAUAUUGCUCAAACAUGGAAUGUAAAAAUGCCAAAGCAUAUUAAAAUACAGAUGGACGAUAAUGGCAAUGAAAUAAAUGAGAAUUCACAAUCUAAUAACACCGAAAGUCGUGAGGAAACUGAAAAAAUCAAAUUUAAAAGUAUUUUUGAUGUUGAAAAGAAAGAAACAGAAAAAAUGAAACAUGAUGAUAUUGUUGAAGUAGAAGUACCAGCAGCUAAAGAUAAGAACAAACCCAUACCAAAUGCAACAAAACCAGAAACUUUCAAACCAAAGUCAGCUAGAAUAAAAAACAAUAAAAAGAAGCGCAGACGAGGAAAUCAUUGGCAAAAUGACAGGCACAGUCCAGUGCCUUCUAUGCAUAACGAUAAUGUUCAAGUAUUUAACUAUAAUCAUCAGCCACAGCAUGUACAGCAUGCUAAUUUCAACUUCCUGCCAGCCAAUCAGAUACAGCAAAAUCCCUUUGUUGCAUGUCUUAACCCAUUUCAUAAUCCUCCAAUGCAAUCAAAUCAAUUUCAUCAUGCUCAUGCACAAAACAUGGUUCAUGCACAAAACAUGGUUCAUACACAAAACAUGGUUGGAAAUCCAUUUCAGAAUCAAAACUUGAGGAAUAAUGCAUUUCAACAACAAGACUUCAGAAAUGACAAUUUUCAGAUGUUAAAUUUUGACAAUGGUCAGUGGCAACCCUAUCAGGAGGAAGAGUUAUCCCAUGAGCAUUUUCAAAAUCAUUCAGAACUUAACAGGUUCAAUCCAUAUGGUAGGGGAAGAGGUCCUAUGUAUUAAAUGAUAUGGACGAUUUUCCAUCAUGCAAGAAAGAAUCAUUGAACAAAGUAUCCCAUGUUCACAUCGAGUCAAAUACUAUAGUGAUAACAUCUUAAAGUAUAUACAUGUAGCAUUGCUGGAAAGGAAUAUUUCAAAUUUUGAAGUAAACUUUUGUACAGUGUAUAUAUCAAUUGUAUUCCAGUUUUUGAUUGGUCUUUUUAUUCACUGUAUAUUAGAAAUGUUCAUAAUGAGAUUAUAAUAAACAAGGUCAAAAGAAAAGGAAAGAAGUUUUACUUAAUCACAUAUGUAAUCAAUACUACAGAUAGCAUGUAAUUUUAUAGAAUUAAUUGUAUCCAUCUCACAUUUCGCUGUAGUUGUAUUAUAUAGUACAACACUGCACAGCAACAGUUGGAGCUGUCUGAUGAACAUUGUUCUCUUGGUAUUUCAACUUGGAGCAUUUGUGUAAGUCUUUGUCUUGUAGAGAUAUCAAAUAGUGUAUUUUGAUGCUCUUUGUUUCCAUUAUUAUAUUUUUCUACAAAGAAGUUCACAAAAAUGUGUUGUAAAGGACUACACCUAAAUAAAGUAUUUUUUUCUUAAAUCAUUUCAGACACUUAGGUUUUAAAUCCAUGAAUUCAACUGCAACACCUGUUUUUAGAAAUUUCAAAAAGAUUAAAUUUAUCCCGAAAUGGGGUGAAAUAUUUCAAAUUUUGCUUUUACAGGUAAAAAAAAUAUGAAAAUAUUUCGUGAGGUUAAAUUUUUUUUUUUUUUUUUUUUUUUUAGUAAAAUGUCAUUUAAAAGAAAGUUCACACGUUGUUAUAAUUUGCUUGAUGUCCUCCUACUGAAAAUUCAAAUGAUAAUGAACUUACAUUGUGUAUGCAUUUUCAGACCAGUUGCCAAAUGCAGCCAUAUUGUAAUUGUAUACUUCAGUAGAAGUAUUGUUUAUUACAUUCAUGCAAUUUGUUUUUAUACUGUUAUGUUUUUACCAAUGUUCCUAACGUUUCAUAUUGAUUAAAUGAAAUAAAAUAAAAUUGCAUUACUGUACUUUUCAGGGUAAUAAAAAUAUUAGCAUGGAUUAGCUGUUUUUUGUCUCACCACAACAAAAUUGUGAAGUCAGGACAUAGGUGUACUGUAUUUGGCAUCGACAGCAUUAACAAUAUGUUAAAGUUAUGUGAUUAGGUCUAAUGGUUAGUGAAUGAUUUAUGGCAUGCAGUUGUAUUAGCAUUGGUACAUCUCAUUUCCCUCUUUACUCUCAGUCAUUGUUUAUUGACUUUGAAAGAUCUGUGUGUAGUUAAAAUGUUAAAGUGUUGUUUUUUUUUUUAUUUCAACAUUUGCAAUAUACUAUCAAAACUACAUGCAGGCAAGACAUCUCUGUGUCAAUAGUUUGUUGAAUAGUUUGUUCGUUUUAUGGAUUAAUCAUCAUUUUAUUUAAACUAGUCACACAAUAAGUGUGUGUUGCAUCAUAGUCCUGCUACACAUACAAAAGAAAUAUUUUAGUGUUUUAUCACUGUUUCUUUCUGAUACACAGAUAUAUGAUUAACAGAGAGUGUUCAAAAGAAAGUGGAGGGAUUUCCUUUCAAGAAUUAAAAAGUUCAAAGUGAUCUAGUUAAGUGUCACUGUCACAAAUUGUGUGUACAGUGGUCUUUUAUGGAAUUAUUUGUUAUCCUUUUUAUACGACUGCAAAAAAAAUUUGCGGUCGUAUAUUGGUAUGACUGCGUCGUCGUCGUCGUCCAAAGACAAAUUAGUUUUCGCACUCUAACUUAAGUUUAAGUGAAUGGAUCUCUAUGAAAUUUUACCAUAAGGUUCAAUACCACAAAAGGAAGGUUGGGAUUGAUUUUGGGGGUUAUGGUACCAACAGUUAAGGAAUUAUAACUUCCAGACAUAACUUGUGUGUAAGUGAAUGGAUCUUUAUGAAAUUGUACUACAAGGUUCCAUAUCACAAAGGGAAAGCUGGAAUUGAGUUUGGGGGUAAUUGCCCAAAACGUUUAGGAAUAAGGGGCCAAAAAUAAGCAUUUUUCUAGUUUCCAGACAAUAACUUGUGUUCAAGUGUAUGGAUCUCUCUGAAAUUGUACUGCAAGGUACCAUACCACAAAAGGAAGGCUGGGAUUGAGUUUGGGGGUGAUGAAUCAUAAGGGGGUUCAAAAAUUUGGGGGAGGGAUUUUUUUUUCUUUGAAAUUUUCCAUUUUAAAUUGGUUAUUUCUGAUUUAUAUAUAAAAGCAAAUAAUAAUGAUAUGGUUUGAAUAGGUAAAUUAAAAAAUUUUAAGUUCUUAGACCAUAUUCAUUCUGUGUCAGAAACCUAUGCUGUGUCAAAUAUUUAAUCACAAUCCAAAUUCAGUGCUGUAUCAAGCUUGAAUGUUGUGUCCAUACUUGCCCCAACUGUUCAGGGUUCGACCAGCGGAGCAUUUUAUUUUUUUAUGCUUUAUAUUAUUUGCAUAAUCUGUAUGAUAGAAGAUAAUGUUACUAAUGUUACCUAUUGAUACAAUGAAAUAAAAUACAAUGUAUUACCAUACUUUUCAAGGUAAUAAAAGCAUAUGCAUACA